UCGGUUUCCAAAGAAAACAAGAAAUGGAAUAUAACCCUAACCCUAGCUCUGGUUUCUAUGGCUCCUCUAUUAUUAUUCCGUAAAGUGUCUAAAUCAUAGGUUUACUCCGACUAUGGAUUCUAAACGGAAAGAAAACGGCGACGUCUCUCAUGACGAUGACAAUAAUCACGUUUCCAAGAAGCAAAAGCUCUCCCCUUUCAUAUCUGAAUCUGAAAUUCGCGAUGAAUUCUUGCACCACCAGCCUGGAGUCGCUCGGAUCAACAACGGCAGCUUCGGUUGCUGUCCCGCUUCCAUUAUCGCUGCUCGUCAAAAGUGGCAGCUUCGAUGUCUUCAGCAACCUGAUGAUUUCUACUACAAUCAUUUAAAGAAAGGGAUUUUUGAAUCGAGGACACUGAUUAAAGAUCUGAUAAACGCCGAGGAUGUCGAUGAGGUCUCGAUUGUUGAUAACGCCACGACUGCUGUGGCAAUUGUGCUACAACAGAUUUGUUGGGAGUUUGUCGAGGGGAGGUUUCAGAGAGGAGACGCUGUCGUCAUGCUUCACUAUGCAUUUGGCUCCGUAAAGAAAUCGAUCCAGGCGUACAUUUCUCGUGCUGGGGCUUGCGUAAUUGAAGUCUACUUGCCGUUCCCUGUAAGUUCGAACGAAGAAAUUAUUGUUGAGUUUCGGAAAGCUUUGGAGAAAGGGAAAUCUAAUGGCAAGAAAGUUAGGUUAGCCGUAAUUGAUCAUAUCACUUCGAUGCCAAGCGUUAUCAUCCCGGUCAAGGAAUUGGUUAAGAUAUGUAGGGAGGAAGGUGUUGAUCAGGUCUUGGUAGAUGCUGCUCAUUCAAUUGGUUCUGUCGAGGUUGACGUGAAAGACAUUGGGGCAGAUUUUUACACUAGUAAUUUGCACAAGUGGUUUUUCUGUCCGCCUUCUGUUGCAUUACUGUACUGUAGAAAAUCAUCAACCUCGUCGCACGUGCACCAUCCUGUGGUUUCUCAUGAAUUUGGCAACGGGUUGGCCAUAGAAAGUGCUUCGAUUGGGACGAGAGACUAUAGUUCUCACCUUGUUGUGCCAUCGGUUUUGGAUUUCAUUAAUAGGUUCGAAGGUGGAAUUGAAGGAAUUAGGAAAAGGAAUCAUGAUGCCGUUGUUCAAAUGGGUGAGAUGCUUGCGAAGGCUUGGGGAACUCAUCUUGGGUCACCGCCUGAUAUGUGUCCUAGCAUGGUCAUGGUUGGCUUGCCUGCUAGCCUGGGGAUUUCAAGUGAAGAGGGCGCAGUCAAAUUGAGGGCCCAUUUGCGGGACAGUUUUGGCAUUGAAGUGCCAAUAUAUUUUCAAGCACCGAAAGAGGGUGACACUGGAACCCGGGACAAGAAUGAUUGUAUAACAGGUUAUGCCAGAAUUUCUCAUCAAAUUUACAACAGGGAAGACGAUUACUACAAGUUUAGGGAUGCAAUAAACAAACUUGUACGGAGUGGUUUUAGUUGCAAGAUGCUUCUCCCGAACUGAUAAGGUAUGCUUAAUUUUGGUCUUGGAAUUUUGGUUUCUCCCCUUUUUAUGAUGUUAGCUUUUUGUUAGAUGUCUCUUUUCUCUUGGCGCAUGUUAAUAAACAGAAAUGUAGAACGAUUAAGUUCA